CUAUCAUCUACCAUCUUUCCCCCACCUACCGUCAUGCAGAGCACCGAUAAUGCCCAGUCGUUCGUUCCCUUUGGUCAUGAAUAUAGUCCACCGCGCUCCAGGACCACAGCUGCGUCCAUCUGGGCUCCUCAGCCUCAGCUUUUGGAUUCGACGUGGCCAAAAGCUAUAGACUCCUUCUCUCGUGAUGCAGAGAUGGAGCUGCAGCGCUCCGGUCGUAUUCCGAAUGCACGGAACUUCUUUCCCUCAGGUAACGGAGGUGAAGAUGUCUUUGGUCCUGUCGGCCUUGUAGGUAUGCCUCGCAAAAGAGACAUUGGUGCGAUCGGCGACGGUAGGAAAAAACAGAGCCCCGAUUUUGACGAUAGUCAUGUCGAGCAGCUCUUACGCGCUCUCAAUCUCAACUCUCCCGCUCUUUAUACUCAGCAGCCUUCUCGUCCCCAGAUUUCCGACUCCAAGAAUGUAUCGACCGGCUCUCCGGAUUUUUCUCCGAGUUCUACUACAUCUGCACUCCUUACGCCUACAGAUCUUUCUCCUGCGAAAACUUCUUUUGACUUCAAGAUCAAUCCACCUCAUGAACUAGCUCCUUCGCACCCUACUUUAUCUCCUUCGUCCCUUCUGUUUGACCACGGCUCGCCCUUGAGGGCGCACGAUUUCAUGUCUCAUAAUGUACACCAGCGUUUUUCCAGCGUUCCUUCUUCGAACCUUCUGCCUCCUAGCCCAUUGCCUUAUUUCGAGCACUCUUCUGAGAAUUCUUCCCCAGCUUUGGGCUCCCAGCAGUUCUAUGACAGCGCUUUCGCUCACUUGGGCCAUCCAGAGGUAUCAAGAGUUUCUUGGCGGCAACCACAGCAGCUGCCUGGCCCUCCUGAGUGGUUGAGGGUUGAGGAGAAGCUUGGCGGGAGCGACUAUCCCUCCGGCGUCACGGUCGGGGAGGACUCUCUUAGAACCUCGCCGUCUCAGCCGUCAUUCCCACAUCGCCAAAAUGGAGCUCAUGCUCACGAGCCGAUCAAUUUCCUCUCGCUUUUGCAUCCGUCAUCGUCUCCCCCAUACAACGUAUUUGUGGCGCGCAUCAUCAAGUCAUCUGACCAGCAGGCUUCUAUCUUUUUGCAACAGAAGCUCAAGGUUGCCGAUCUUGAAGAACGCCACAAGAUUGUCGAUGCUAUCUGCGCGCGUGGCUUUGAGAUGAUGUCACACCGUUUCGGCAACUGGGCAGUUCAAAGAUGUCUUGAAGCGGCAGCGACCCCCGAAGAAAGGAGGAAGAUAGUCAAUUGCAUGAGGGGACGGGUUGUCGACCUUGCGACUAAUUGUUACGGAUGUCACGUCCUCCAAAAGGCACUGGAUUGCGAGGAGGAUAUUCGCCUCCUGAUCGUUUCCGAGCUUCUCCUCGGAGACCCUGCAUUAACUUUAGUGAACAAGCACGCAUCUCAUGUCUGGAGCAAGAUCAUGGAAUUGACGUGGACGGCCCCUGCACCGCCGAUUUUCGCAUUCGUCAACAAGUCCCUGAAAGGGAAAUGGGCGUCUCUCGCUUGCCAUGAAACAGGAUCCCUCGUUGUCCAGCACGCAUUUGAGAACCUUGAAGAGUCCGCCAAAGAUGGCAUUAUUGAUGAGUUGCUGAAUCAAGGACCUACCGUGUUCGGUGAGAUUGCGAAGAACCAGUGGGGUUCGUACUGCAUUCAACACAUUCUGGAGCACGGGUCUCCGAAACACCGUCAAAUGUGCCUAGACCAUAUCAUGUCUGACCUCCUGGAUUAUGCCACAAACGAACAGGGGUACAAGUCAGUUACGAAGGCUCUCAAGGAAACGGGCCCCGAAACUCUAGACAGGAUUGUCAAGCGGAUGUGUGAACCUGCGAAGGGUGGCCGUCGAGCGAUGAUUGUGGACUUGGCAUUGUCAGUCACCGGCAGUCAGCUGAUUGCUAGCACGUUGCCUCAGGCGGACAAGGACCAACGCACCACGCUCUAUGACUGCAUUCGCGGCCAUAUCGUCACCCUGCGUGGCUGUAAGACAGGGUCCAAGGUCAUCUGGCUCUUCGAUAGAAUGCGCGCCUAUUAUGGCUAUUGAGAGGAUGCCCCAUCCUGUGUCCUCUCUAUUCCGAUCUUUUUCAUCCACUGCAAUAUUCUCUUGCCAUCUCGUCUUCAUCCACGGCGUCUUCGAUUCCUCGACUUGGAAACGUCUCUCAUAACAUAAAGAAUACCUCGGUCAAUACCUGGCUGGCCCAUCUCCACCAUUAAUCUCGGAAAAGUACCAGAAAAGCUCAUCUGUCUCGCAUUCCAAUAACAAAAAGCAGUCCUAAUCGCAUCAACAUCAACAGUCUCAGUCGCAUUCGCAAUUUCCCAACCGUAAUCGUAUACUACGCAUCGCAGUCUCCAUCUCAGCCUCACUUGCACGAACAAUCUUCGCACUCAAUUCUCUCGAUAUCGAAUUUCAC